AUGAUCUGUCUGAGCAUAUUUGGAAGCGAAAAUGCCAACAUAGGAAGGAAUCUAAAACAAAACAGGACUCCCGCAUUUAACGCAUCAUUGUCCCCCACUGUGUGUGUGAAGGAUUAUGAGUAUAGGGCUGGGGAGAGUGAGGAGACUGUUCAUGGACAGAUGAAAUUCUUUGGAGAUCAGCGGAGGGUAGAUAUUGUGGAUGGGUUGAGAGCUACGGAGGAAAAUAAAAUGAAAAUUUACGGUAAAGAUUUUAUUGGAAGGGCGAAACCAGAGCAAUCGGACGAUUCUACUUGGGAGGAUGCAGAUGAUGGGGCGUGGAAGAAUCCUAGAAAGACUCCAGAGGGUUUGUCAGAAAGAGGGCAUCAAGAUUUAUUGAAGGAAUUUGAAGAGCUUGACCUUAGGAGCAUUGGAUAA